CGUUUCCUCACUUGAUCGAUUUGGCCGUGACUCGUUAUGCGGCCCUAGACGUAAUCCUCGCUAUAGUUUAUUGCCGCCAGCGACAGGACCCAUUAACGGACCUGCUUCAAGGGGGGAAAUGGAGGGCAAGGAGAGCGGCGAGUGGGAAGAAGCGGCUAGGGCCGGUAACCCGUGCUGCUGUUACAGCUGGUAACCCGGUUACCGAUGCUGGGGACGUAGCUGGUCGGGGGAAGAAGCACGUUGGACAUGAUAAAGAGCGAAAAACUCGGUAUCUUCUCCCUCAACACCGUGGGUGGUGCACCACUUUCGGCACCUCGUGGCGCAAGUGAAUGCUUUGGAGCCGGCGAUGCAAGCACUCACGGACAAGCAGCUCCGGCGAAAAACACGCGAGUUCAAGAAGCGCCUGAAGCAGGGAGAAAACGCUGGAUGACAUACAGGCAGAUCGUGGGAGGGGCGGUGCUGCAUGCUGGAGCCAUUGCAGAGAUGAAGACAGGCGAGGGCAAGACUCUGGUGUCCACGCUGGCAGCAUAUCUCAAUGCCCUUGUGGGGAAGGGCGUGCAUGUGGUGACGGUGAACGACUAUUUGGCUCGGAGAGAUGCGGAGUGGAUGGGUAGGGUGCACAGCUUCCUGGGGCUGUCAGUGGGGGUCAUUCAGCCAGGUCAGAACCGGGAGGAGAGACAGCUGGCGUAUGCAUGCGACAUGACUUAUGGCAGCAACAAUGAGAUUGGGUUUGACUAUCUUCGAGACCACCUGGUGCAGGACCCCAAUGAACGCACGCUGCGGUGGCCCGACGCGCUGCACUACUCCAUCGUGGAUGAGAUCGACUCGGUGCUCAUCGAUGAAGGCAGGAAUCCGCUGCUCAUCAGCAACAUGUCAUCCUCGCAUGUCAUGCGCUUCCCAGUGGCUGCUAGAGUGGCGGAAAUUCUUCGGAGGGACAUAGACUACACGGUUGACCUGAAGAUGCGCACCGUGCAGCUCACAGACUCGGGCGUGGCGAUAGUGGCUGAGAGCCUGAGGAGCGAGGAUGCCCCGGGGGAGGGGCCGGGGGAGGGGUCUGUGGAGGGGGAGGGAGGGGAUGCCUCGGACCCAGAUGAUAUUUUCGAAACCCGCAACUCGUUUGCACAGUUCGUGCUGACGGCCCUUAAAGCCAAGGAGUUCUACCUGAGGGAUCGGGACUACAUCGUGAGGGACGGCCAAGUGAUCAUAGUGGACGAGGUACGGUGGAGCGAUGGCAUUCACCAAGCAGUGGAGGCAAAAGAGGGGGUGGAGAUCAAGCCUGUAUCAGAGACAGUAGCCCAGGUGACCUACCAGUCCCUGUUCCGCCUCUAUGGCAAGGUUUCCGGCAUGACAGGCACCGCCAAGACCGAGGAGGAGGAGUUCAAGCGCAUAUUCGGCAUGCCAGUGGUUGUCAUCCCCACCAACCGGCCCAACAUAAGAAAGGACCUAGAUGUCGUCGUCUUCCUGCAAGCGCUCAACAAGGUGCACUAUGUGAUUCAGGAGAUUCUCAAGAUGAACCAACUCGGCCGCCCUGUGCUUGUGGGCACCUCCAGUGUGGAGGAGUCGGAGCGCCUCUAUGCCAUGCUGCAAGUUGAGCAUCCCCGCCGGUUCGCGCACAUCCAAGUGCUCAAUGCGCGGCCCGAGAAUGCAGCACGCGAGGCGGAGAUAGUGGCUCAGGCAGGAAGGUUUGGCGGCAUCACCAUUUCCACCAACAUGGCUGGCCGGGGCACUGACAUUGUGCUGGGCGGCAAUCCCGAGCUCUUGAGCAAGGAGGUGCUAAAGUGGGCGCUCUUUGAAGCGCCAGCAGCGGCUGCAGGGAACUAUUCGGCUUUCAAGAAGGGUCCGCAUGCGAGGCAGGGAUUUUGGCCGAUCGAGCUGCGGGAGGAGACCCUGAGGGAGCUCUACGCGGCUCAGUUCUCGUGGCGCAGCGUGGCAGCUGAUUGGUCGGAGGCUCAGCAGCAGGCGGUGUUAGAGCAGGCAGAGACUCAGGCUUUAAGGCCCUCCGCCUCUCCUGGUGCAGGCGAGGGCAAGGAGGAGGGGCUGGAGUGGGGGGAGCGGGGCGAGGCGGGCUGGGGGAUGGGGGUGGGGUUGGCGGAAGGGGAUGAUGACAUGGGAAUGAGCCCCCUUCCCUGGAGGGUCGGUGAAAACACCAGAGAGAAUGGUUCCAGUUUCGGCAGCAGCAACAAUGGCAACAGUACCAGCAGCAGUGGGAGCAGUGGGGAAGGGGAGGGGGACGAGAGUGAUGAGGAUGACGAGGAGGUGUGGGGAGGCGGAGGAGGGGUGUUGGGGGUGCGAGCGGUGCCCAGGUCGAUGCAGGAGAUGGUGGUGCGGGUGGUGGGGCGGGCGCUGGGGAUGGUGAACGCGGACUGCAAGGCGCACUGCAGGGAGGAGGGCGAGUACGUGAGGAGCCUGGGCGGGCUGCACGUCAUAGGGACGGCACUGAGCGAGUCGAGGCGGAUUGACAACCAGGCGCACUGCAGGGAGGAGGGCGAGUACGUGAGGAGCCUGGGCGGGCUGCACGUCAUAGGGACGGCACUGAGCGAGUCGAGGCGGAUUGACAACCAGUUGAGGGGAAGAGCAGGCCGGCAGGGUGACCCCGGGUCAACUCAGUUCGUCAUCAGCAUGGAGGACGACAUGAUGCGCGAGGUGCUGCCGGACUCAUCCCGAGCCAUGCUAGAGCAGCUGCUUUAUACAGGCGACUUUGAAGAGGGCUUCCCCCACGUGGCCUUGACCCUCGCUUUGGUGCAGACGCAGAAGACGAUAGAAGCGGCCAUGUUUGAGAGGCGGCGGCAAAUGCUUGACUACGAUCAGGUCUUCGAGCUCCAGCGCAAGCAAGUGUAUGAGCUGCGAGAGCUGAUUCUGGAGGAGUCUCCAGCAGAUCGGCACACACGAGCACAGCUGUACAUCCAAGCGGUGGUGGAUGACAUAGUCAAGGAGUACUGCUCCCCCUCCAAGCCUGUGGAGUCAUGGCCCAUCGACACCAUGCUCAAACGCCUCUCUCGCACAACUGGCAUAGAACUAUCCCAGCAUGUAAAUGCCGCCUCCCUCAGUUCAGCCCUGUCCCACUCCCCUCCAAGCAAUGCUGGUCACCGCUGGGACCUCCUAAACCACCUGCCCAACGUCCUGCCGCCCCUGCCUGAAGUGCUGCCGCCCCUUGGGGGAGGCUCCAAGGCUGCUGGUGCUGCUGGUGCUGCUGGUGCUGGUGGUGCUGGUGGUGGUGCAGUUGAGACUGGGGAUGGGGGGGCCCACGGCACGGAGGGAGCAGCUCGGCAGGAGCUGAGAUGGAGGGAGAUUCUCCGCGACCCGUCCGACCUGAGGGGCAGGUCGUCCAAGCACCUGGCAGCAGUGCGAAAGUACCUUGGCGAUGUGGUGGUAACGUGUUACAAGGCGCACCUCGCCCUGUUUGCCGCCUCGCCAGACCAGAUGGAAUUUUGCGAGAGGGAGGCUCUUCUUUCCACGUUGGACCGCCUGUGGAGUGUGCACAUUGCCAACAUGGCGCGACUGAGGAACGCGGUGAGCGUGCAGGGCUUUGGGCGCGAGAACCCCCUGGAGGAGUUCAAGAUAGAGGGCACCCGCUUCUUCAUCUCGACGCUCUUUGCCAUUCGGAGGGAGAGCGUGCAGGCGCUGCUGGCAGGCUUCCUGGCAGACACGGAGGGGGAGAUAGAUGGAGGGGGAGGGUAUUGACGGGGGAGGGGGGCAUUGAUUUGCGGGAGGGGGGGAGAGAGGGGGGAGAGGGGGGAGAGGACAACUGCUUAGGCAGGGCACCCGCUUCUUCAUCUCCACUUUUUGCAGGGUGUUUUUUAGAAUUCUCAAAAACACCCUGCAAAAUCAAGGAGAGGACAACUGUUUAGGCAGGGCACCCGCUUCUUCAUCUCCACUCUCUUUGCCAUUCGGAGAGAGAGUGAUGUGCAGGCGCUGCUGGGAGGCUUCCUAGCAGACAUGGAGGGGGGGACAGAUGGAGGGGGAGGGUAUUGACGGGGGAGGGGGGCAUUGAUUUUGGGGGGGGGUGGGGAGGGGGGGGGGAAAGGGGGGGGACAACUGUCUAGGCAGGGCACUCGCUUCAUCUCGACGCUCUUUGCCAUCCGGAGGGAGAGCGUGCAGGCACUGCUGGCAGGCUUCCUGGCAGACUCUGAGGGGCACAUUUGAUGGCGGUGGCGGUGGCGGUGGCAGUGGCGGUGGCGGUGGCGGUGGGGGGACAACUGUUCAUGCAGGGCACGUUUCUUCAGGUGGGUAGGUGAUUUUAUAGGAUUCCGGAAACUCAGCUGUUAAUCCAGGGCAGGGCACUCUAUUCGUCAUCCCGGCGCUCUUUGCCGUCUGGAGGGAGAGCAUGCAUGCAGGCGCUGCUGGCUGGCUUCGUGGCAGACACCAGGGGGGACAUGGAAAGAGCAGGUGGGGGGUGGCAAGUGUUUAAUCCGGAAAUCCUCUUCUCAUCCCGGCUUCUUUGGCAUACCGGAGAGCGGAGGAGACAGUGUGUUUGAUGGGAGGAGACAGUGUGCGCAGGUGGGGAGGAUGUUUCACUGCUGUCUGGCUUCCUAGCAGGCAUGGAGGGGGGCAUUGAUGGUGGUAGUACGGUAGUAGUAGUGGAAACGCAGUCUAGGUUUGGCACUUCUGUUGGAAAGCACAUUCUUGUUACCCCGUUAGCUGUUACCGUAUAUCCUUCUAACACACCAACUCAUAUUGUGCGUCCAACAACCAGGAGGACUGGAGGCUUCUUGUGUCCUU